GGAAGAGCGCCCUCAAUAGUUUGUUCAUCGAAAGAAAAAGAUGGCGACGUCCAUGAGAAACAAAAAAAUGUUUUUGCCCCAUUGAAAUGUUGGUGGUUUUAACAAAACUGGAGGAAGUUUAUUGAACAAAGGUUACAAUGGAGGAACUUGAAGAUAUUGCACAAUCAUCUGAAGAACUUGAAACAAAUCGGUCACCAAUAGAGCUGCAUCUUUGCAAAGGAAAAAUACUUGUGUGGAAUGCAGAUGAUGUGAAGUUGUUGAGAGAGACCCAUCACAUUGUUGGUGCCUUGGUUGGUUCGCUACCGCGGUCACCGAGACAGAACGCUCAGCUCGGUUUGCCUCUACAGCUCAUGCCUGAAGAAGCAGCAGUGCUGAUUGAAUAUGAUGUUGCAAGGAUGGUGAAUGUCAGGAUUAAGAACCCAUCAGUGGAUGACGUUGCAACCUUCGAAGAGACAAGACAGAGGAGCUUCCGUGAGCAGCAAGCAUUGUGGGAUGCAAUGAGUGCAAAAAAGAAACAAGACUUUGAUAACAUCAUCGCUCUGGGACGGACCACAAAGAAACAUCGUCGGGCUGAGCGAGCCAGGAAAAAGAAAAGGGAAAAGGCUUCUGUUUCAGGUGAAUCAGGGGGAGAUGAAAGUGUGAGAUGCACUCCUGAUGCAGGAGUAAUGCUUGAUGGGGAUGGUGAGAACAGUAAGAGAAAGAGGAUGGAAGAUGAUGUCACCAUGGCAACAGUGGUAGACAGUGAUGAGUCAUCAACUACAAGCUUAGUCAGUUCUGAACAACUCAAGGAUUCCUCUAAUAAACAUGAUGAGGACAGCACUGCCAGAACCCAAACAUCCUUAAGUUGCAUAGGGUCUUGUCAGUCAUCCCUAGAUGACUGUGAAAGAACUAGUGCAAGUAAUGCUGAUAAGAACAACCAAAGAGACUCAAAUAGUGUUAAAACACAUCCACUGAAAGAUGGACAACCAGAAACGAAGGCGUUACUUGAAACCAAUUCAGGUGUGAUUAACCACAGUCCUGUUACCCAAUCUGAGCAGCAUUCUAGCACCAGCUGUCCCCAGAGGGUUGUGCCAGACACUGACCCAGACGCAGUGAUAGACAGAGGUGAUGUGGAACCGUCUCCAAACACAAAUCCUGAACACAAAUCUGAUGAUGUAGAUGUUUUCAAGAAGCCUCAUGAUCCACAACCAUGUACAGGCUACCUGGUUCAUGUUGUAACAGCCUCAUCAGCCACACCAAAGCAUGAAGUGGCUGAAUGGGCGUACCCAAGAACGCAGCAAGAGAUACUGAAAUACCGAGUCUUCCGAGACCUCUGGGAGACGGGCUACUACCUCACGUCAGGCUGCAAAUUCGGCGGUGACUUCCUGGUUUACCCAGGAGACCCGUUCCUCUAUCAUUCCUAUUUCAUCGCCGUCUGUGUGCCCCACGACAAGCCACUAUCCCCUCUGGAACUGAUAACCUAUGGCCGACUCGGCACAAAUGUCAAGAAAACUGUAAUUUUGUGCUCUGUUGAUGAGGAAGAUGAGGUGGUUUAUACAUCACUGCAGUGGACUGGAUUGAGCUGAUUGUAAGAAUCCAUGAUCUUGGGGGAGGGAUGGGCGGGUCUAGGAUGGAUGGGGGGAUGUCCAGAAUUUGGAUUGCUAGAAUUCAAUUGUUUUGCAUAUCAAUUUCAGUUUGUGUGGAAAUGUAAGUCCUUUCUGCAACAGUUUUAUAAAGAGAAAAAUAAAGUUUAAGAUUGAAAAACUGGAAACAUAUCAUUUUCUUCGCGUUCCCACUCCUUUUAAAUGAACAUAAGAGCAUGCAAUAAUAGAGACAUGAAACUGCGACAUGUUGGUUUUUCAGUUUUUCUUCCAAAUUUUGUUUAGCAAAAUGUA